AUGGUAGCCGUCUUCAACAAAGAUCUCCUCAGUUGGUAUCUCAUCACCCUCAAGCUCCGCGAAACCGUCGAAUCCGCCGCCGCCGCCACCGCUGCCGCCGAUUCCCAUUCUCCCGCCGCUCCCCUACUCCUCGAAUACCCACAACAACCGCCACCGCCACCAAUCGAUCAAUCCAAACCGCCGUCGCCGGAUUCCGAUUGGGUUAUAUCGAUUAAAGACAAACUCACCCAGGCUCGGAUCGACGACGCAUCCGCCUCAUGGGAGCGAUUCUGCAUCUACAGAGUCCCCCACUACCUCCGCGAAGAAGACGACAAGGCCUACGCCCCACAAUUGGUCUCUCUGGGUCCGUACCACCACGCCAAGAAGCGGCUCCGCAAAAUGGAGCGCCACAAAUGGCGGUGCCUCCACCGGGUCCUGACCCGAACCGAUCACGACAUCCGCCUCUACCUCGACUCCGUCAGGGAGCUCGAAGACCGGGCCCGCUCCAGCUACGAGGGCGGCUCGGCGGCGAUUUCGAUGGGCAGCAACGAAUUCGUCGAAAUGCUGGUCCUCGACGGCUGCUUCGUCAUCGAGCUUCUGAGAGGCGCGGCGGAAGGGUUUCGGGACCUAGGGUAUUCGCGAAACGACCCCGUUUUCGCGAUGAGGGGAUCGAUGCACUCGAUCCAGAGGGAUAUGAUAAUGCUGGAGAAUCAGAUCCCACUUUUCGUGCUGGACAGGCUGAUGGGUCUUCAGCUGAACGAACCGGACCAGACCGGUAUCGUGGCCAGGCUAGCGAUCCGGUUCUUCGACCCGCUGAUGCCCACGGAUGAACCGUUGUCGAAAUCGGAUCGAACCCGGUUGGAGUCCUCCCUCAGGACUCUGUCCUCGUUCGACCCGUUGUCCGACCUGGGAGGCCUGCAUUGUCUGGACGUGUUCAGGAGGAGCCUGCUCCGGUCCGGACCAAAACCGGUGCAGCGAGUCUGGAUCAGGAAGCGAUCCCACAGCGAGCGAGUCGUGGACAAGCGACGACAGCAGCUGAUACAUUGCGCGAUCGAGCUGAAGGAUGCCGGGAUCAAGUUCAAGAGGAGGAGGACAGACAGGUUCUGGGACAUCAGGUUCAAGAACGGAGUGCUGAAGAUGCCCAGGAUCUUGAUCCACGACGGGACGAAAUCGCUGUUCCUCAACCUGAUUGCGUUCGAGCAGUGCCACUUGGACUGCAGCAACGACAUUACGUCGUACGUGAUCUUCAUGGACAACCUGAUCAACUCCCCCGAGGAUGUCGCGUACCUGCACUACUGUGGGAUUGUGGAGCACUGGCUUGGAAGCGAUGCCGAGGUUGCCGAUCUCUUCAACCGGUUGUGUCAGGAGGUGGUCUUCGAUGUCAAUAACAGCUACUUGGCACGAAUGUCGGAGGAGGUCAAUCUGUAUUACAACCACAGGUGGAACGCCUGGCGAGCGAGCUUGAAGCACAAGUACUUCGGCAAUCCAUGGGCGAUCAUCUCUUUGUUUGCUGCGGUUGUUCUCUUGGUGCUUACUUUCACGCAGACCUUCUAUGGUGUUUACGGCUAUUAUAGGCCUAGGACCUGA